AUGGAUUCUCUUCCAGAAGAAUUUUUUGUGAGGGAUCUUCCUGUGGAGGAGGAGACUAAGGAAGAAAUUGAGAAUAAGGUAGAAAAGUUAACUGAUCAAUUGGAUAAACAGGAAAAGGACAUACCUUCUAAUCUUAUGCCUGUUAAUCUACUAUUAGAAGUGAAGAAGUUAUUGAGUACAAUUAAUAAUCUACCAAAAGGUGUGGUCCCUUAUGUUAAGAAGUUUGUAGAAGAAAAUUUUUCUCUCCAAACAAUGCAGAGAGAAGUUGCAGCUAACAGCCAGAAUGGGGAGGAAAUAGUUCCUGCUUUGACUUUACGUUUCUUGAUAACACAACUGGAAGCAUCACUUAGGAACAUUCAAGCUACUAAUUAUACUGCACAUCAGAUUAAUAUUGAUUAUUAUUUGACAUUACUGUUUUUGUAUGGAAUAGCACUCACUGAAAGAGGAAAGAAAGAGGAUUAUACAGAAGCUGAGAAUAAGUUUCUAGUGAUGAAGAUGGUGAUCCAAGAAAAUGACAUUUGUCAAAACUUUAUGUCUUUAGUUUAUUUUGGACGUGGUUUGCUUCAAUAUGCUCAGAAAAGAUAUAAUGGAGGACUGCUAGAAUUUCAUAGAAGCUUACAAGAAAUAAGUGAUACAAAUGAUCAUUGGUUUGACAUAGAUCCUACGGAAGAUGAAUAUUUCCCUACAACUUUUAAAGAUCUUCUCAAUAAUUUUAUCGAGAUAACUGAAAGUAAUAUAAUGAAGCAGACCAUUUGCAGUUAUCUAGAUUGUGAACGAUCUUGUGAAGCUGACAUUUUAAGGAACACCAAUUAUAAGGGAUUUUUUCAAUUAAUGUGCAGUAAAAAUUGUUGUAUUUAUUUUCAUAUAAUUUGUUGGAAAAAGUUCAAGAAUUUAAAAUAUCCAGGUGAAAAUGAUCAGAGUUUUAGUGGGAAAAAAUGUUUGAAGGAAGGAUGUACAGGUGACAUGGUAAGGAUGCUACAAUGUGAUGAACCUGGAACUGUUAAAAUUUUGUUUGAAGUUGUGAGAAAGGAUGAAUAUAUAACCACUGAAAAUUUAGGAGCAAGUUAUAAAAUGUUGAUGUCUCUGAAAAGGACUGAUACUGAUAUAAGACCGAAGAUUGAUUUAAAAUUUAGUACAAAAGAUGAAAUGCCUAUCUUCAAACUCGAUUAUAAUUAUUUCUAUCAUCUGCUUCACAUAAUUAUUAUUUGUGGUACUGACAUUGUCCGGAAAAUAUUUGAUGAGGCUCUGCCACCCCCUCUUUUGAAAAAAGAGCUCCUUAUUCACAAGAAAGUGCUGGAACCCUACUACAAACAUCUUUGGACUGAUCACCCUUUGGGUGGAGCAUGGCAUCUGCUUUAUCCCCCAAAGAAGAAGCUACCACAGUCCAAACAAUUUGACUUAUACCUCUUAUUAGCUCUCAUAAAACAUUUGCAUGUAUUCCCUGCACCUAAAAAUGGCUGGAAUAUGGAACCACCAUCUUCUGAUUGCUCUAAGUCUGCAGACAUUCUGAGACUGUGCAAAUACAGGGAUCUCCUCCUUAGUGAUAUUUUGAUGAAUGGUCUCACUGAGUUACAAUUUAAUUCAAUUUGGACAAAAGUUUCCGAUACUCUUCUGCGCCUUGGAAUGAAGCAAGAAGAUAUUGACAAAGUGAAGGAGAAUCCCAUUGAGAAUAUCUCUCUUGAUUACCAUCAGCUGUCCAUCUACCUAGGUAUACCAGUACCAGAUUUCAUCCAGAGGAUGUUAUCCUGCUAUCAACAAGGACUUGCUCUGCAGUCAAUAACUGGCAGUCAACAUAUUGACAUAGAAGAAUUACAAAAUGAGGAAGAAGAACUAAGUCCACUUCUCAUGGAGUACAAUAUAAAUGUAAAAUCAAACCCUGAGAUACAGUUAGCAGACAUGAAUAAAGAUGACGCAUCGAUAGCAAGUGAAUCUUCAACAGAAUCUAUUAAAGAUCUCCAGGAAGUUAAGAAUAAACCAAUGAAAAAGAAACAGACUAAAAGUAAAAAGAAUAAGGAAUCAAAAGAAGAGCAAGUCCAAAAUAUGGUAGAAAAGGAAGAGUAUUUGAAGAAAGAGCAAGCAAAUCUACACCCAGUAGAUAUAAGUGAUAUUCAAGAAGAUUCCACAACUGAAGUAAAGUGCUAUUGCGUGGAUGAAUUGCAAAUUAUGAAGCUGAUAGAGCAGAUCCCUGCAGAAUAUGGAGAAAUUGAUAAGGAUAAGCUUGCUCGACAACUGCAGCUUUAUAAAUUGCGCUAUCAGUGUGAAGGCUUUGAGAAACAGUUGAAAAGAUUGACAUUGCGGUGGCAAGAAAACCAAAUAGAGGUUACGAGGAGAGAUCAAAUCAUUGCAUCUCUUAAUCAACAAAUGGCUUUUGGAAUCAAUCAGAUUUCCAAAUUACAGCGGCAAAACCAUGCCAAAGAUAAUGAGAUCAAGAACCUUAAAGAGCAACUUUCCAUGAAAAGAUCUCAGUGGGAAACGGAGAAGCUUAAUAUGGAAAGCACAAUUAAAACAUACUUACGCAAACUGAAUGCAGAAACUAGUAGAGCUUUAACAGCUGAGGUGUAUUUCUUACAGUGUCGUAGAGAUUUUGGUUUGCUUCAUCUAGAGCAGACUGAAAAGGAAUGCCUCAGUCAUCUUGCCAGGGUGACUCAGAUGGCAGCAAGCAACCCAGAAUCGCUUCACUUAAAGGCUGCAGUAGACAGUUGGAAUGCCAUUGUGACAGAUGUCAGGAACAAGAUUGCAUUAUUUAAGACACAAUACAAUGAACAAAUUAACCAGGUCAAGCAAGGAUUUGCCUUGAAUACCUUGCCUCCAAUCCAGCUUCCUCCACCACCACCCAGUCCUGAUAUACUGAUGCAGCAGUUCUUGGGAAGACCCCUUGUGAAAAAACCUUUCUUUAGACCCAUACUCACUGUUCCUCAAAUGCCUGCCAAUUGUCAUGGAGUCAUCUCUGCACCUGGCCAACCGAGACCCCCCCUGAUGUCUGGCCUAACCUGGACUAUGCCAGCUCCUGUGGGAAAGGCUGUGUCUCCUGGUGCAGGUCUGGGAAGUGAUCCUCCCAUGAUGAAUUGGGAGAGGAUUAUAGACAGAUUGAAAAAUGCUUUUCCACAACAGACCAGAAAGGAGCUUACAGAUUUCUUUCAAAAAGUUAAAGAUGCUCAUGGGAACUCCUUACCUGUUCUGACAUUUGAUGACAUUGUUUAUAAGAUUUCUCAAUUUAUUGACCCCAAGAAAUCUCAGGGUCAAGGAAAAUCAGUGCCAAGUGGUAGUUGUGUUUCACCCAGCCAUCCUCCACCACAGUCCAAUGCUGCCCAGCCCCCAAAACCAGCCUGGAGGCUCCUCAGUUCACAAGGUCCUGUCACGUGGGAAGGAGCCGACAAUUUGGAUGAUGAGGGAGAGGAAGAAGAGCCUUGUGUGAUCUGUCAUGAGAAUCUCUCUCCAGAAAACCUCUCAGUUUUGCCUUGUGCUCAUAAAUUUCAUUCUCAGUGCAUAAGACCUUGGUUAAUGCAGCAGGGGACAUGCCCAACAUGCAGGCUCCAUGUUUCGCUAUAA